UCGAGAUUUUUCAAUGAGAAUAAAUCGGAUAACGCUUGAUAUUUCAAAUACAGUGUGUUAAGCAUGUAAUUUAAGUCGAAAUUAAGGAUGCAUGUUAACUUCUACGCUUCGAUCUAUAGCAGGAGGAAAUACAUAUUUUACAUUCUAUAAACUGAGCAUAUUACGUUGUUCAAGUGUUUUACACAGGCGGAUUUAACAAAGGACUAAUCCAAUCGAAUUUCAUGAGAGAAAGAAAUGACAGAGCCAGAGAUGAAUGCAGAUUUGACAUUUGUGUUGGAGUUCUUUAAAAAUGUUGAAGAAAAAGAAACGAUACCAAAUCUCAAGGCCAAAGCAAACGAGGCGAAGAGACGUUUAACUCGUUCGCUGGACUCUGACAGGAAAGUUAUAUCCGAGUUUCAUGGCGAAAACAACAUGUUGAAAAACGAAAUUAAAACAUUGAAAGAAAAGCUAGCUAAAAGAGACGCUGGAAAUACCUCAGAAGCACCGCGCUUCAAUACGAAACUGCAAGAGGAAAAACAAGAACUGGAAAAGAAAUUGACUUCAGAAAGAGAAAAGGUUGAUGAAUUGGUCAAAAGACUAAGUGCUAUGGCAAGUUCGAAGCUUUGUGAAGACAAUCCAAACAUAGCAGACUUAAGCGAUGCUUUCAGACCAACGCGUUUGGCCGAACAGUUCCGCGAAAUGUACGACAACGAAUGGACGGACGCCUUCACGGUUAUAGAAAAGUCUAACGGAAAAGAAGAAGAAACUAUUGAGCUAUUAGCAACAGUCAUAAAGGAAGCGGACAAGUUCUGUUCUGAUGCAUGUGGUCAGCAGAUUGAAAUCAUGAUUUGUUGGGCUGUGGACGAGAUGAAAAAUCCAAAGUUUAAAAGGAACAGUUAUAAAGACCCAUGUGCGGCCAGUCAAGGAGCUGAACUAGAUCAAAAUCAAUCAAAAACCGCUAGACGAAUGAUGAAGGAGCUGCAGAAAAAACUUGCAGUUGUAUCUGUCCAACCACUUGCUGAGAUAUUUGAAAAACUAUGUAUGACAUCGCUCGCCAAACAAUAUAAACUGAACAAAGUUCAACAGUUGGAUGCAUAUGUGCUUAAAGCAGUUACAUUAAUCUGGCUUAUGAAGGUCCAGACACCGCCAGUUGAAAUGCGAUGGGCAGAGAUUAACAGUCAUUUCGACAAGAGCACGUUUACCUUCUAUACAAAGCAAGGAACCAAGGUGGGCCGAUCUAUCUGGCCAGCAGUUUUCCUAACAGCUAAUGGGCCGCUUAUAUCAAAGGGAAUCGCACAGGGAAAGGAAUAAGUCGACAGCUUUUUAAUUUCGAAAAUAAAUAAAUUGCUUAAGCAGAAUUGUCAGUUUGGAGUUCAAUAAUUACCCAAGCAGAAUUGUCAGUUAGGAGUUCAAUAAUUACACAUGCAGAAUUGACAGUUUGGAGUUCAAUAAUUACCCAAGCAGAAUUGUCAGUAUUGUUCAAUAUGUCACGUAUCACUUCCACAUGUAAAAGUUCUUUGUUUCACACAGUGUAAAUGCAGUCAUUUGUAAGGAAAAUAGCCAGUUAAUGUUUUGUUUAAAAAAAACAACAUGUGGUAGUUAACGUAAAUAUUUCGAUGUUAAUAAAUUGUAUAAAUGCUUUAAUAUUUAAUACAGAUUUAUAUGCGAGUAAACAGUAUAUAUUAAUAUAUGUAUUGCGUUGAUUUUGUUAUUCAAUCAGUUUAAAUAAAAAAGAAAUUCAUUUAACUUCAGAAGUCUGCUGUUUAUCAGUAACAAUAUGUUUUUCAAUGUGUAGCAUUAAUCGAUGUCGUACCUUUUUCUGCUUCUCAUGUUUAACAGUAUACUAUUUUUGAAUAAAAGAGGCGUUGGUGUACAUGAACGUCUGAAAAUUAAA